UAAUUGUCACGUGACAACCAAGUUUCCGGCAAAAUUAGGGCACACAAAGAUCCCAAAUUGAGGCACACCGAGAUAGAGCGGAGCACCACCCGCAAACAAAAUUGAAGAUGGCGAGAAUUGCUCUGCUGCGUUACUCUUCCAAUGGUAUUAUUCCCAGCUUUAUCUCCUUCUUUGCUAAUUCUCAUUCUGCUUCGGCAAUUGCAAUCAGAGAUUACUCUUCACCUCAUAGCAAUAUUGAGAAUGUCAAGUGUUUAGAUGAUGCUCUGAGUCUCUUUCGUUGAAUGGUCAGUACGCAGCCUCUUCCUUCUGUUUUUAGCUUCUCCAAAUUAUUAAAGACUAUGCUAAAUAUGAAUCAUUACUCUGCUGUUCUUUCCCUUUUUCGAGAAAUGCUGAAAUUAGGCAUCCCAAUUAGUGAUUCCAUCUUGAAUAUAGCAAUUAACAGUUAUUGCCUAAUGCAUCGUUCUGACUGUGGAUUUUCAGUGUUAGCUAUUUACUUGAAGAGUGGCAUUCCAUUUGAUGUUAUCACCUUUAGCACCUUACUAAGGGGACUCUUUGUGGAAAAUAAGAUAAAAGAUGCGGUUAACUUGUUCAAAAAGUUGGUAAGAGAGAAUAUUUGUGAGCCUAAUGAAGUCAUGUAUUCAAUUCUCAUGAAUGGGCUUAGCAAAAUGGGCCAUACUCAAAAAACAUUCGAUUUGCUUAGGGUAAUGGAACAAGGAAUCACUAAGCCCAACACAUACAUCUACAACAUUGUUAUUGAUGCUCUUUGCAAGGAUAGAAUGCUAGAUGCUGCAGUUAGCCUAUUCGAAGAGAUGAAACAAAAAGGCAUUCCUCCAAACGUUGUCACAUAUAAUACAUUGAUUGAUGGUUUAUGUAAGUUUGGACAGUGGGAAAAGGUUAGGACUUUGUUCUCUGAAAUGGUAAAUCUUAAUAUUUAUCCAAAUGUGCACACCUUGACUAUAGUGACAGAUGGACUUUGCAAAGAAGGGAAAAUUGAAGAAGCUGAGGAGGUAAUGAGACACAUGAAUGGAAAAGGUGUGGAGCCUAAUGUGGUCACCUACAAUGUGAUAAUUGAUGGAUAUUGCUUGCGAGGUCAAAUGGAUAGAGCAAGGAGACUUUUUGAUUCCAUGAUUAAUAAGAGCAUUAAGCCUACCAUUAUUAGCUAUAACAUAUUAAUACAUGGAUAUUGUAGGAAAAAGAAAUUGGAUGAGGCCAUGCAUUUGUUUCAUGAAAUUUCUCGAAACGGAUUGGAACCUGGCACUGUUACCUACAAUACUAUCUUGCAAGGUCUAUUUGAAGUUGGAAGAAUUGGCUUUGCGCAAAAAUUCUUUGCUGAGAUGCUAUCCAUGGGGCUCAGGCCUGAUUUAUGCACUAAUCGCAUUUUGCUCCGUGGUUAUUUUCAGAAUGGACUUGUUGAGAAAGCUAUGUUGCUAUUUCAUGAGUUGGAAAGAAAGAGAGAAGAUACUGAUAUUGAAUUUUACAAUGUUGUAAUAGACGGAUUGUGCAAAACUGGCCAGCUUGACAGAGCUCAUGCUAUUUUUGAGAAGCUUUCUUUAAUUGGAUUGUUUCCCGAUGUGAUUACAUACUCAAUAAUAAUUACUGUAUUUUGUCUAGAAGGAUUGUUUGAUGAAGCUAAAGAUAUGCUAAGAAAAAUGGAAGAGAAUGGUUGCGCGCCGGACAAUGCCACUUACAAUAUUAUUGUGCGAGGAUUUCUCAAGUUUAGCAAAGUUACUGAAAUGACAACCUUUCUGAAGGAAAUGAAUGAAAGGGGCUUCUCAUUUGAUGCAAGAACAGUAGAGUUACUAAUAGAUGUUAUAGCGAAGCAUCCUUCUUUGCUUGACAGGAUACCACAAUUUCACUUGGAAAAUAAGAAGUGAUUUGUUUCACUUGAUUUAUUCAGCUAUACUUUUCACUUUGAUGCAAUUUCCUUUUACUUCUGGAUAGAAAUUAGAUCAAUGGAAUUGCAGAGUUGAAAUAAUGACAAUUAGACCAUUGCUUAAGCUUUCCAAGCAAGCUUAUUGACCAGGAUCUCGGGGGAAGGAUAUUUCAAGUAUAUUACAGAGGAAAUCAGCAAAGUAGUCAAACUCCAGGAAGAGCUAGACUUUGUUAUGCUUAUGCCUAAGAAGCUUUUACAACCAAUGGAUGGGUUCAAUCUUAUGGAUCCCACUGCGUUAAGCCUCCAAUUAUCUAUGAUUUGAGACUUGCUAUCAAAUUGCUUUGGCAAUUAAGGAUGAGGUUGAACAUCUUGAGAAGGCUGGCAUUGUCAUUCAAGUUGAUGGAGCUGCUUUAAGGGAGGCGUUGCCUCUUAGAAAGCCCGAGGAAGCUUUCUACUUGAACUUGGCUGUGGAUUCAUUCAGGAUAACCUACUUCAAUGUUCAAGACACUACCCAGGUCGAUAUUCAGUCUCGUCCUCGUUCUGCAAGUCAAAUGAUUAUUUUAAUAUCUGCCAAAGUCUUUGUCUUCAAAAGAAACUUAUCUCUGUCAAAGGCUGUUGUGCUUAGCUACUUCUUCAGAAGUUUCCUAUAUCAGAAUUUCUAUCUUAGGUAGUCUAUGUAUUUUGCUACUAAACUAGCUUCUGAAUUCAUGCACCUUUCGCUCAAAGAACAGUAAUAUGAAUUAGACGAGUUUAAGGAACAUGUGUUUUCCCCACAUUUCUGAAGGAUUAACAUGAUGUCAAACAGUAUUGCAAGAAGGAGUCUAAAAGAUUCAUAAGCAAAUUCAUAUGUGUGAAAAUGUUCUUAUGUAAAGCUAAGAGCUGGAUAGAAACAAGAGGUGUUUUAUGUUAUUGGGGAGGUUUUUCUUUUAAGGUAGUAUUUUUCUUCUUUGUCCCAGGGUUUUGGUUCGGUUGUAAAGCACAAAGCGUGAUGUUAGUUGUACAUCAUGAGUUCGAAUCUUGCUGCCUUGUACCGGAGACAGAUUCAUUUCAUAAUGUGCUUGCAUACAA